AUGACCGGUGCUGCUCUUCCUCGUCCCCGCAGAGCCGAGCAUCUCGGCUCUUUACUUCGUCCUGCAGAGCUUCUGGGGUAUGCGAGCCAGGACACAAAUGCAACUGCUCGACGGCAAAUUGAGAACCGUGAAAUCACCAUUGUUGUCAAUGAGCAGUUGAAAAUCGGAUUCAAAGCCGUGUCUGACGGUGAAUACCGGCGGUCUUUGUUCUGGGGGACCUUUUUCGAUAACCUGGAAGGCUUUGAAGCCGUCCCUCUUGACGCAAAUGGACUUCGCACAUACCUACCCGACAUCAAGGUACUCUUGGAGUCUCCUUUUGCCCCGGGAGCCUCUACAAUGUGCACUGGUAAAAUUAGACACCCUGGAAGCAGCAAUCAUCUGGAUGAAUUCCUCUUCCUGAGGUCUGUCGUUGGGCCAGAAAAUGCCGGCAACAUCAAAAUUACCAUUCCAGCGCCAAGUUGGUACCAUUUCCGGCACAAAGACGGCAUGGCCUACGCCAAAGGCGUGUACGACUCUGACACCGGCUAUUUCGAAGAUUUGGCGGUAGUCUACAGGCAAGAACUACAAAUUCUUUACGACGCAGGUCUCAGAAGAGUCCAGAUUGAUGAUCCCCAUCUGUCCUACCUUUGCUCUCCUCAAAUUAUCGAGGAUUGGGCCGCUGAUCCGGAAAGCAUACAAACGCCCACUGAGUUACUAGAAACAUACGUUAACUGGUAUAAUUCCUGCCUUGGUAAUGUUCCCGAAGACAUACACAUCGGCAUCCACAUUUGCCGGGGGAAUUUCACCAACGACCGAUAUGUCUCGACAGGAGGGUAUGACAUAAUCGCUAGCCGGCUUUUCCGGGACCUGAACGUUAAUACGUACUAUCUGGAGUAUGACACGCCUCGGGCAGGGGGCUUCGAGCCUUUGAAGAGUCUGCCCCUGAACAAGUAUGUCGUUCUGGGAGUAAUUUCUACGAAGAAGGCGGAAAUGGAGGACUUGGAAGAGCUCAAGGGACGCGUCUAUAAAGCCGCAGAAUACAUCGCCGAGGGUAAUAACGUCAGCUUGGAUGUGGCUCUGGAGAGACUGGCCGUUAGUCCCCAAUGCGGGUUUGCCAGUCAUUGCCGCGAAAACAGGCUCACAAGACAGAACAUGCUGGAGAAGCUACAGCUGGUGAGAGACCUGGCAUACAGCAUUUGGGGGAGUCAAGCGUAG